AGGGGAGUUUUAUGAUUACAGAGUUAUGCAGUCCCACAAUCAAGGAGGCUCUUUCACACUACCCUCGGAUGCCCCGUCUCCCAUUAUCCACAGCCACAAAGACCUGCCCUUGGUCCUGAGGCAAUUUUACCAGGAUUCACUACAGAAUGUCAACCUUCGCAAUUUCAGCCAUGGCCAGACCAGCCUAGACAAGCUUAGAGAUGGCCUCGUGGGUGCUCAGUUCUGGUCAGCCUACGUCCCAUGUCAGACCCAGAACUGGGAUGCUGUGCACCUCACCCUGGAGCAGAUAGACCUCAUCUGCCGCAUGUGUGCCUCCUACUCUGAGCGGGAGCUGGUGACCUCAGCUGAAGCUCUGAACAGCACCCAGAAAUUGGCCUGCCUCAUUGGUGUGGAGGGUAGCCACUCGCUGGACAGUAGCCUCUCCAUCCUGCAUACCUUCUAUGUGCUGGGAGUGCGCUACCUCAUGCUUACACACACCUGCAACACACCCUGGGCAGAGAGCUCAUCUAAGGACACGCACCUCUUCUACAACAAUGUCAGUGGGCUGACCAGCUUUGGGGAGAAGGUGGUAACAGAAAUGAAUUGCCUGGGCAUGAUGGUAGACUUGUCUCAUGUUUCUGAUCCUGUGGCCCGGAGGGCCUUGGAAGUGUCACAGGCACCUGUGAUCUCCUCAAACUCAGCUGUCCAAGGUAUGUGCAACAACACUCGGAAUGUUCCUGAUGACAUCCUGCAGCUUCUGGAGAAGAACGGUGGCAUUGUGAUAGUGUCCUUGUCUGUAGGGGUGCUGCAGUGCAACCUGUUAGCCAAUGUGUCCACUGUAGCAGAUCACUUUGACCACAUCAAAGCAGUUAUCGGGUCCAAAUUCAUCGGGAUUGGUGGAGAUUAUGAUGGCACCAGCCAGUUCCCUGAGGGGCUGGAGGAUGUGUCCACAUACCCUGUGCUGAUAGAGGAGCUGCUGAGUCGGGGCUGGAGUGAGGAGGAGCUUCAAGGUGUGCUUUGAGGAAACCUGCUUCGGGUCUUCAGGCGAGUGGAGCAGGUUGGGGAGGAAAACAAGUGGCAAAGCCCACUGGAGGAUAAGGUCCCAGAGGAACAGCUGGACAGGGGUUGCCGCUCUAUCCUCCCACAUCAGCAUCAGAGACCACAACUGGUUCCAAACCAGACUCCAACCAAAAGCCCAUCACAUCUAGCGCCUAUGUUAUCUCACAGGUGGUCAUCCUCAAAAUCUUCCCCCAGCCUGGUCUCAGGCCUCACAGUGGUUACCAUUUUCUGACCCAGUUAGCCCUGCCAGAUGUCACUUUGGCAGCCUUGGACAGCCCACAAAGGUCCCUCCUUGUGCAGAUACAAACAUUUCCUGGAAAUAAAUGUUUUGGACAUGGAAGCAGGUGCGAUUGUCUUUUUCUGUGGUGCAGUCUGGCGGUACAGGCUCCUGGUGCUGGUGGCCAGCGGGAGACCUGGCAUUUCAGC